UCUCUCUCUCUCUCUCUCUCUCUCUUUCUCUCUCUCUCUCUCCCCAUUUCCUGCGAUCUUUUUCCCUGAAACCCCAGACCCUUAAUCCCAAUUCUCCCCGAUGGGUCUUCAUAGCUUCUUCUUAAUCCUUCUUCCCGUCUCUUUCUUCUUCCAAUUCCGCCUCUCCCUUUCCCAGAACCCCACAAUUUGCCAUUCCGAUGAUUUCAAGGCCUUGCAGGACUUCCACAGCGCGUUUGAUUCCCAAAUCGACGGAUGGCACACCGGCUGUUCGACGAAUUGCUGCAGUUGUAUUGGCCUCACUUGUGACUCUUCUGGACGGGUUGUGAAGAUGGAGCUUGGUGGUAGGAAGAUCAAGGGUCAGUUACCUUACUCGAUUGCGAGAUUGGAACACCUCAGAGUUCUCAAUCUGUCUUCUAAUUCUCUCAAUGGGUCCAUUCCCUUGGCUCUGUUUCAUCUACCAUACUUGGAAGUUCUUGAUCUCAGUUUCAACGAUUUGGUUGGGAGCAUCUCAUCAGGUACCAUUAAUUUGCCUUCCAUCCGGCUUCUUAACGUUUCUCAUAAUAACUUUAAUGGAAGUCUUCCACUUGGGGUUUGUGUUAACUCCUCUAGAAUCGAGAUUCUGAAUCUGGGUUUCAAUCGUUUCACUGGCAUGUUUCCUGUUGAGCUUGCUGAAUGUGUUUCCUUGAAGAGACUGUUUGUGGAAUCGAAUUUACUCAGUGGUGGGAUACCUGAUGAGGCUUCUGGAUUGAGGAAAUUGACACAUUUUUGUGUUCAGAAUAACAAGCUUUCUGGUUCUUUGAAUGGUGUUGUUGGGAAUCUCACAAACCUUGUUCGAUUGGAUUUGUCAUCUAAUGGGUUUUUCGGCGAAAUUCCAGAUGUUUUUUAUAACUCUGUGAAUUUGAGUUAUUUUGCUACCGAAUCUAAUAGGUUUAGCGGAAAGAUUCCCAAUUCUUUGUCAAACUCUGCUUCACUCACUGUCCUAAAUUUGAGGAACAAUUCAAUACAGGGAACUCUUGAUCUCAACUGUUCAGCAAUGAAAAGCCUGGUUACACUUGAUUUAGGCACUAAUAGGUUUCAUGGCUCUAUACCAAGUAAUCUUCCCUCUUGUACUCAACUGAGAAGUAUAAACCUUGCUAGGAACAACCUUGGCGGUCAGAUCCCCGAAAGCUUUAGGAAUUUUCAGAGCCUCUCGUAUUUAUCACUUACGAAUACGAGCAUUGUUAAUGUUUCGUCUGCUCUUAACAUCUUGCAACAUUGCAAGAAUUUGAGUACAAUGGUCCUUACCUUUAAUUUUCGUGGUGAAGUGUUGGAAGAUGAUCCUAACUUGCAUUUCAAGAGCCUCCAAGUUUUUAUAAUUGCUAAUUGUGGAUUGAAGGGAAUCAUACCCCAGUGGUUGAGAGGUUCUAGGAAGCUGCAGUUGUUGGAUUUGUCGUGGAACCGUCUUGGAGGAACUAUUCCACCCUGGUUCAGCGAGUUGCAGUCCUUGUUUUACUUGGAUUUAUCUAAUAAUUCAUUCACUGGAUAUAUCCCUAAAGAGAUGACUAUAAUGAGGAGUUUCAUUGACAGAAAAUUCUCGCCCGAUGAACCUUCCUCACUAGAUUUUUCCCUUUUUGUGACAAGAAAUGGAACUGGAUUGCAGUACAAUCAAGUAUGGAGGUUUCCACCCACUUUGAAUCUCAGUCUCAACAAUCUCAGUGGGCCAAUCUCGCCAGAGUUUGGAAAUCUUAAGGAGAUUCUAGUUCUUGAUCUGAAAAUCAACAGCCUUUCGGGAUCGAUUCCGAGCAGCCUUUCGGGGAUGGUUAGCUUAGAGACUCUGGAUCUUUCUCACAACAAUCUUUCAGGAAUAAUUCCUCCUUCACUGCAAAAUCUCAAUUUUUUGUCUAAGUUCAGUGUUGCAUACAAUCAUUUACAUGGGGCAAUUCCUGAAGGAGGUCAGUUUCAUAGCUUUGAUAACUCUAGCUUUGAAGGAAACAAUUUUUGUGUCCGAGACCGUAUAUGUACGUCAAUUGAUCCUCUCGUGCCAUCCCACAAAUCAAGAAUGGAUAUAGGGAGUAUUGUAGGUAUUGUUAUCGGUAUUGUGUUCGGGAUCAUGUUUCUUAUAACUCUUAUGGUUGUGUUUAUGCUUCGGGCUCCUCGGGGAAGAGUUGGAGAUCCCGAAAAUGAAGUGUCUAAUACUGAUGAUAAAGACUUGGAGGAAGGCAGGUCAGGAUUGGUAGUUCUGUUCCAAAACAAUAACAAUGGAAGCCUCUCGCUGGAGGACAUUUUGAAAUGGACAAAUGAUUUUGAUCAAGAAAACAUCAUAGGAUGUGGGGGUUUUGGUUUAGUUUACAAAGCAACCCUUCCUGACGGCAGAAAGGUUGCCAUAAAACGGCUAUCUGGUGAUUGUGGUCAAAUGGACAGAGAAUUUCGGGCGGAAAUCGAAACGCUUUCUGGUGCUCAGCAUCAGAAUCUUGUUCUUCUUCUAGGGUAUUGUUUGUAUAAAAAUGACAGGCUUCUGAUUUACUCUUUCAUGGAGAACGGUAGCUUAGAUUACUGGUUACAUGAAAAACUUGAUGGUCCGUCUUGCCUUAAUUGGGAUACCAGACUGCAGAUUGCUCGGGGGGCAGCUGCAGGGCUGGCUUAUUUGCAUCAAUCCUGUGAACCUCAUAUCCUCCAUCGAGAUAUAAAGUCGAGUAACAUUCUUUUAGACAAAAACUUCAAAGCUCACUUAGCCGAUUUUGGUCUUGCCAGGCUCAUUCUUCCCUAUGAUUCCCACGUCACGACCGAUCUUGUUGGUACACUGGGCUACAUUCCACCAGAGUACGGGCAAUCCUCGGUGGCAACUUACAAAGGGGACGUGUAUAGUUUUGGAGUUGUUCUAUUAGAGCUUUUGACUGGUAAAAGGCCAAUCGAUAUGUGCAGACCGAAAGGAGUUCGAGACUUGAUCUCUUGGGUGUUUCAAAUAAGGGAAGACAGAAAAGUAAGUGAGGUGUUCGAUCCAUUAAUAUACAAUAAGCAGCAUGAGACAGCGAUGUCUGAAGUUCUUGAUAUAGCAUGCCUUUGCUUAUGCAAGGUACCUAAAGAGAGGCCUUCAACUCAACAGCUGGUUUGUUGGCUUGAUAGAGUAGGUUAAAUCUCCCAAGCUUCUCAACUCAAACAUUUGUACAUUUUAGUAUACUGCAUAUAUUCCACACGGUAAUUCUCUUGUGUACAUAUGCACAUCCAGCAGUCUCAAUUGAAGAUGUGAAGCUUCAUUUUGAGAUUAAAUAGUAAUAUUUUGAAAACUUGUAAACUAAAAGUAGAUAAGUUGUUGAAAGGAGCCUAAAAAGUCUCACUUUUGACUAAUAAGAUAACGUUGAUUUUCCCU